GCAACAAGUUUCCUCUCCCACCCCCGACUUCGCAUCCCGCGUUAGCAAUCGGGACGUGAGUGAGGAUCCCGUGGGCCCUCCCGUGACAACCAGUGAGAUUCUCGGUCUUCCCGGUUCGGCAAAGGGAAAGAAUAGGUGGGGAACGACGGCUGCCUCUGCGUCCCUCUCUUCGACUCAGGUGUCUCUGUUGUUCCAUAAAUAAAACGUCUCACUGCCUUCCGCGAGCGCUAUAAAGGCAGCGGAACGGCGGUCCCGGGGGCAUUCCGGGCGGGCCACCAGCCGACACAGGUCAUGGAGGCGCCCGGCAGCAGGUUGGAGCCGCCACCGCUCCCGGAGUACAGCUGCAGCUACGUGGUGUCGCGGCCGGUCUACAGCGAGCUCGCCUUCCAGCAGCAGUACGAGCGGCGCCUGCAGGAGCGCAAGACGCUGCGGGAGAGCCUGGCCAAGGGCUGCAGUUGUUCAAGAAAGAGGGGCCUUGGUGUGCUGAAGACGCUUCUGCCCGUCCUGGACUGGCUCCCCAAAUACCGAAUCAAGGAAUGGCUGCUUAGUGACAUCAUUUCGGGAGUUAGUACUGGGCUAGUGGGCACGCUGCAAGGCAUGGCGUACGCUCUGCUAGCAGCAGUCCCUGUCGGAUAUGGUCUCUACUCUGCUUUUUUCCCUAUCCUGACCUAUUUUAUCUUUGGAACGUCAAGGCACAUCUCAGUUGGGCCGUUCCCAGUGGUCAGUUUAAUGGUGGGAUCUGUUGUGCUGAGCAUGGCCCCCGAUGAGCACUUCCGCGUAUCCAGCAGUAAUGGCACCGCAUUCAAUACCACCGUGAUAGACUAUGUGGCCAGAGAUACAGCAAGAGUACUGAUUGCGAGCACCCUUACUCUUUUGGUUGGAAUCAUACAGUUGAUAUUUGGAGGUUUACAGAUUGGAUUCAUAGUGAGGUACUUGGCAGAUCCUUUGGUUGGCGGAUUCACAACAGCUGCUGCCUUCCAAGUGCUGGUCUCACAGCUGAAGAUCGUUCUCAACGUUUCCACCAAAAACUAUAAUGGAGUUCUCUCCAUUAUCUAUACUCUGAUUGAGAUUUUUCAAAAUGUUGGCAAUACCAACCUUGCUGAUUUCAUUGCUGGAUUACUCACCAUUAUCAUCUGUAUGGCGGUUAAAGAAGUGAAUGACCGAUUUAAGCACAAAAUUCCAGUCCCUAUUCCUAUAGAAGUAAUUGUGACAAUAAUUGCUACUGCCAUUUCAUAUGGAGCCGACCUGGAAAAAAAUUACAAUGCUGGCAUUGUUAAAUCCAUCCCAAGGGGGUUUUUGCCUCCCAUACUUCCACCUGUGAGUCUGUUUUCUGAGAUGCUGGCUGCCUCGUUUUCCAUCGCCGUGGUGGCUUAUGCUAUUGCAGUGUCUGUGGGCAAAGUUUAUGCCAUCAAGUACGAUUACACCAUCGAUGGGAACCAGGAAUUCAUUGCCUUUGGGAUCAGCAACAUCUUCUCGGGAUUCUUCUCUUGUUUUGUGGCCACCACUGCCCUGUCCCGCACCGCCGUCCAGGAGAGCACCGGGGGAAAGACCCAGAUUGCCGGCAUCAUCUCGGCUGGGAUCGUGAUGAUCGCCAUCGUCGCCCUGGGGAAGCUGCUGGAACCCUUGCAGAAGUCGGUCUUGGCUGCCGUUGUCAUCGCCAACCUGAAAGGGAUGUUCAUGCAAGUGUGUGACAUUCCUCGUCUGUGGAGACAGAAUAAGAUAGAUGCUGUUAUCUGGGUGUUUACGUGCAUAGCAUCCAUCAUUCUGGGGCUGGACCUCGGUUUACUAGCCGGCCUCAUGUUUGGACUGCUUACUGUGGUCCUCAGAGUGCAAUUUCCCUCAUGGAAUGGCCUGGGAAGCGUUCCUAGCACAGACAUUUACAAAAGUACCAAGAGUUACAAAAAUAUUGAAGAACUUGAAGGAGUGAAGAUUCUUAGAUUUUCUAGUCCUAUUUUUUAUGGCAACGUUGAUGGUUUUAAAAAAUGUAUCAAGUCCACAGUUGGAUUUGAUGCCAUUAGAGUAUAUAAUAAGAGGCUGAAAGCACUGAGGAAAAUACAGAAACUCAUCAAAAAAGGACAAUUAAGAGCAACAAAGAAUGGCAUUAUAAGGGAUGCUGGUUCAUCGAAUAAUGCUUUUGAGCCUGAUGAAGAUAUUGAAGAUCCAGAAGACCUUGAUAUCCCAACCAAGGAAAUAGAGAUUCAAGUGGAUUGGAACUCUGAGCUUCCAGUCAAAGUGAAUGUUCCCAAAGUGCCAAUCCAUAGUCUCGUGCUUGACUGUGGAGCUGUGUCUUUCUUGGAUGUUGUUGGAGUGAGAUCCCUGCGAAUGAUUGUCAAAGAAUUUCACAGAAUUGAUGUAAAUGUGUACUUUGCAUCGCUUCAAGAUCAUGUGAUAGAAAAACUGGAGAAGUGUGGUUUCUUUAAUGAUAACAUUAGAAAGGACAUAUUCUUUUUGACCGUCCAUGAUGCUGUCCUCCAUCUACAGAACCAGGUUAAAUCUCGAGAAGUUCAAGAUUCCAUUUUAGAAACGAUCACUCUCAUGCAGGACUGUAAAGAUCCUCUUGAAUUAAUGGAAGCAGAGCUGAUUGAAGAAGAACUUGAUGUCCAGGAUGAGGCUAUGCGUAGUCUUGCUUCCUGAAAGCGGGCUCAGGAGGUUGCUAUAAGCAAGAACUGCAAGGCAGAAUUCACCCACCGAUGUCAUUCUAUGCAAACAUUUUCUGCAUUGACUAUUUCUUUGGACUUGAAACACUCAUUCUCUUCCCAUUCGAUUUUUAAAACGCUUUUUUUUUUUUUUUAACCUCUUAGUCAAUGAAAGAGAACCACUAAGAAUUUUUUGGAAAGGCUUUAUUUAUAAAAUGGAUAGCCUACCUCUAAAAUGUGCAAAAUGGUGAGGAGAAUUAUCCAGGUGAUUUAGUCAUGUCCAGAUCUGCUGAUGUGAUGAUGCUGCUGUUCCCCCAUCCACCCAACAGAUUUGCUGACAGUGUUCUCGUGGGUACUGGAGUACCUCUGUUAGUUGGGAUAAGUGUGCCCCAACAGCCUCCGUGGGCGGGUGAAUCAGGAAGGAUUGUCAUAAAAAGAAAUCCAUUUCUCACUGAACUGGAUACCCAAGAGUGGCACUGGUCACAGUGUAGGGUCACACUGAAUAACUGCAGAAAUUUAAUUAACACAUUUAUCAAUCAAAGUCUUCAAAAAUCGCUUUUAGUAAAUGCAUAAGCAAAGUUUUUAAAAUGCAAACUUAGUACUUAAUAAUCAAUGUGAUUAUACGUGACCAGAUAUGUAAACAGAGCUCAAAAUUUAAAAAAAAAGGUUCACUUAAAAACUAUAGAGCCAGGCUGAUCUGUUUUACAAACACUGAUCCAGAGAAGCAAAGCAAUAAGAUUAUUGUGGUUGGUAGAAGUCAUUUUUUGGUAUGAUAAUAGUCAUGGAUCACAAUUAAGAUCAAAUAAAAUAUAUGACAGAUUGUCUCCAGCUUAAAAAUGUAGCUUUAAUUUAGUUUGUAGGAAUGAUCAUCAUGUACAGGUAUAAAGAGGUAUGGUCUAUUUAAAAUCUAAUGCAAAAAUUGUGUUAUUUUGAACAAAAAAUUUUUGAUAUGUUUCUAAGACUGAGUUCAUAUUUUUGUCUAAAACUUAAGCAGCGUGUACAGUGAUCUGUAACAGAAUUCUGACUACCUUUCCCCCACAAAAAUUUAAGAAGUGAACAUCUUAUAUAUAAGUCUAUGUUUAAAAUGAGUUUUUUUUUUUUUU